AUGUCGUCGAGGAUUUUUCACUGUAUCUGAAGCCAGCUUCCAGGAACAAAAUGUCAUUAAAUGUUCCAAUCAUCGAUGUUCAUCGUGAGAAUUUUUCAGAUUUCUGGCCAGCAAUAAAUUUAGCGAUCCAGACAGCUUCAUUUAUUGCUAUUGAUGCAGAGCUCAGUGGUCUAGGAUGCAGGAGAAAACUAAUGGCAAAAUCUAUAGAGGACAGAUACAAGUCUAUUGCCGAGGUUGCCAAGACCAGGUCUAUCCUUUCGUUAGGGCUAUCCUGUUUCAAGAUCCAAGAUGAGGAGGACCAUAAUGGUCCAGCUGACCAGACAGCAGCGGGACCAGGACCGGGUCCGAAAUUCCUGGCCCAGACCUUCAACAUCCUGACAUUGUGUAAUGAGGAUUACAUGGUAGAGCCUGGGGCUCUGCAGUUCUUGGUGGGACAUGGAUUUGAUUUCAAUAAGCAGUAUUCCUGUGGUGUACCGUACUGCAGGGGACCUGAUAAGAAGGAGGAUAAAUCGUGGCCUUCUCUCCGGCUUCUUUUCAACCACAUCUUGGCUUCCAGGAAGCCCCUGACCCUUCACAAUGGUCUAGUAGACCUAGUGUUUCUCUAUCAGAACCUCUACACUGAUCUUCCAGCCUCAAGUGCCCAGUUUGUUGCAGAUCUUUACGAGAUGUACUCUGGCGGAAUCAUUGACACCAAGUAUGUGGCAGAGUACGAAGCAAGGAUGCCUGCAUCGUAUUUGGAAUACGUCUUCAGGAAGAGCCAAAGAGACAAUGCCAUAAGAAAGUUGAAGGGACUCUCCCAUGCCUCUGUAGUCUUCUGCCAAUACUCUUCCGAUAUGAAUGCUGUAGAAUACCAGAGUUACCUACUACCUACAGACUUUGAGGAGAGGCAAAACAAAGGAACUUCUGGAAACAAGACUACUGAUGUUUGCGAAAUCUAUGCGGCCCAUGGAUGUUGCGCCAAGGGGAUCCACUGUCCAAAGUCUCAUGAUCCUAAUGCAAUCUUAGAUUCCGAAGAGAUCAUCAUCGAAGAAAAGCGUAAGCGCAAGAGGAGAAGGAGAAAUCGCAAGAAUCGUAACCAGGAAACGGACGUCCAGGAUGGAGAGACUGAUGAGAAAAAGAUGAAAGAUGGAGAUGGUGAGGGAGAGGAGAGACAGAAAGAGGAAAGCAUGGAUGUAGGUAGUACUGCGCCUGAAGCAAGUACAGGAGUUAGUGAGGAAACUGUCCCAGUGGUGAAUGGUGAUAAUCAUGCACUUGGCAAGGAAAAUGGCACUGAUGCUCCAACUGAGUUGAACCCUCUAACAGAUGGUGUCAGUGGAUCGAAUCAGACCAAACCAACAUCUCUAGCACCAAAGAAAUCAGGAAGCCACCGUGCCGGCUUUGACGCCUUCAUGACUGGCUUUGCUACUGCGGCUUUCAUUGCCAGAUUUGGAUCAGCGAAGACUCCAGAGGGCGACGGACAUGUGCAGAGUUCGGCUGCCAGACCGAUACAAGGUGGACAAUUCACCAGUCGUGUAGGACAGUUGGACCAGCCAAAAUCCUGCGUUGACCGGUACGGCAUUGGGCAUUUGACCAAUAAGUUGUACUUGAGUGGUAAGGACUAUCCUCUAGCUGUGGCCAAGAGUUCCUUCACCAAGACUUCCUUGUUGCAUAAGGAUAAGAUGGACAUGAUCAUAAAGCUGAUGGCUAGAUGAGGAUUAACAUGGUGUUCGAUGGACAAAAAAAGAAUUAAGAUUUGAAAGUACAUUCUACCUCUUGGCUUAGUUCUUUUAUCCAAUUUUUUAAAUACAUAUUUUCCAAAUCUAAAGGUGCUUCACCGUGUGGUACAUUCUUAAUAUUUAAAGGUGGAAAUGGCCAUGACAUUAAAUUUUGCCAGGCUUCUUAAAAAUAUAUUUAUGGGGCAUUUUCAUUUUUGUACAAUUGAAGAGUUGCAAAGAUCACAAAAAUUUCCACACCAUGAGUAUUUGUCACCACUAGUCUCGGAAAAUACAAACACAUAUUAAAUAAGUCUGUAGAUUUGUUAAAUGAUUAUGAACCAGGUAAAAUCAUUUACCAUUAUUACUCUUUGGAGAAAUAAUAGAUUAUGCCAGGUGAAUUUGAUCAAAACAAACGAAUAAACAAAUCUUGAUAAUUCACAAUGGUUCCAUACAAAAUUUAAGGUUCACCUUUAAACAAGGUUUUCCAUUCACAACGAUUCAAACAUAUGACCUGUGGAGUUUGUUGCAAUUUCUUUGUAUAGCAAGGAAAAUAUAAAAUACAAUUGUUGAAGUAUGAUCCAAUCCUCAAUAAACUAAAAACAGAAUUUAAGAGUCACAUUCGCGAUAAAUACAUACAGGUUAGCAGUCUGUAGAUGAUUCAAUAUAAUUAUCUUUGAGCUGUCGGCAUGACGUCGAUCUUGGAAAGCAAAUCGUGGGCUACGACGUCUUCAAGGGGUGGUCGAAUUAACUCACUCGCAGUGGGGAGGAAGAUUUCCUCCAGUCAUUUAUCAUGCAGACGGAUUUGGUUCCACAAAUGGCGGCCUAGUAUCACAGGCUUACCAAGGAAUGAGACUGUGGAAAUGGGAAUUACUGUUUCUGUUAAUUCUUCUUUUACAUAAAUAUUCUAUGUUCUUUUUAUCUUUCAGUUGAGGAAAAAAAAAAACUACUUCUUGAAUCGAUUUCUCUCUCAAAAAAAA